AUGAAGUCCUUGCACAAGCGCCUGCCUCCGGAAGUGCGCAUCAACAAGGAACGGGCGCUGAGGGCGGAGGAGACCCUACGCAAGGCGGACGAGGCCAUCAAGGCUUUGGGCAUCGACUUGACCGCAGAUGACAAGGAGCAGCAUCAGCUGUUGCCAAAGCCUGCGGAUGCCCAGGUGCUGCUGUGCCUGCCAAGCCCAGAAGGCAGUACAGGCGGUUCUUUCCUUCUCGAAGCCUUGCAAGUGAAAAUGGGGCAGGUCAUCGAGAAAGUGUUGGUGUUGUCUCAGAUGCACGAGCUGUCGGCACAGGAAUUUGCAGACGGCUUGGUCGGCUGCGUUGCCGUGGCAGUCCACUGCCCCUCCACGUUAGAGCCAGCGAAGCAGUCCAAUGCUUGCAUGGGCCUCACAGCCUUGCUGGAGGGUGCGCCGGAGAGCGUGCGGCGCAUCGUUCUUGUGUCUGACUCCCUGGCAGCUACGACCGUCGAGCGGCACCUCACGAAGGCCCUGCGGGAACGCAGCCCGAAUGCUUCGCCCAUACGGCUCAACAUAAUCCGGGCUACGGUGGCCCCGACAGGCGGAGAUACGGAACUGCCAGUGCAGGUUAUCGCAAAGAUGCCAGCGACGGUCAGGGAUGCUGCCAAAGGGCUCCGGUCCUCCCUGGUUGGCGGCGUUCGAAGUGCCGUCGCCCUGGCCGAAGCUUUCCAGGAGCAAGGAGAGAGCAUCCAAGCAAACACAUCUCCAGAGGCCCUGGCUGUGGUCGUAGAUUUCGCACUGCAGACGGGCAUCGACGUGGCCGAAGUCACCGUAGCUGGUCGAGCCCAGGGCUCGGACUUUGAGGAACUGCUGCUCCCUCUGGUUGGGCCCGAGCUCUGGCGCCUGGAGGUCCCGAAUGCGCGUAGAGCAAGAGCGUGGGUCCGGGGCUGGGUGGAGUUUAACUACUGCAGGGGUGCGAACCAAAACAGUGCCGCCAUGAAGAAGGUCGGUCUGAAAACGCCAGUGGAGGUACGCGAGUCGCCACUCGGCACCUGCAUCAAGUUCACUCCACCAGGGAGUCGCCAACCUGGAUCCGGCUUUGACGGCCUGCUGGAAGGAGGACUCGAGAUCCUUGUGGAUGACGCCACGACCACCAGGUUGACUGGUAUUCCGGAGAAUGAAAAAGCAAGGGGCAGCCACCACCCGAUGCAGCAAAUCUUUGGCUUGGAGACUAUCAUCGAGGAGCUUCGCCGGAUGGCCCAGGCACCACUCGAUGCCUCCUUCAUGCUUCGCAUUACGCCCUGCUCAGCGGAGCCUGAUUGGUCUGACGGUGGUGAAGCAACUUUGGCUCCAGGCCACGAUCAGCUUGGCAAGUUGGAGAUAUGGGACCAUCGGGAAAUCAUUGGUUCAGUUUUGGGAGGAAAAGGCAGCUACAUCACCGUCCACGUCAAAGCGGACGCGGUGGCCCUGCAAUUUCGCAACAGCCACGGAUCGUCGAAGGUGGCAAAGGGGAGAAUCGAGGAUGACACCAUUCUGGUAGAUGGCAAGCACGGCCGCUUCGAUGGACGACAGAUACACUGGGCAGCAGAGGCAGCAUGGACUCGCUUGGAUGAGCCCGGCGAGGGCGACGCGUUCCACAAGUCUGCUGCCAUGGUGCGGCUUAUCAUGCCGCAGCUCGCGGCGGCACUGCGCUGGGAGCUGGAGACCUCCUCGCCCACGGAGGAGUCAGGCAAGCAUGAGGCUCCCGCAAAUUACACAGUCUCACCAUGUCGAUGUCAGACCGGGGACAACACCACACGAGCAGAAUGCAAAGACCGCAAAUAG